AUGUUGCGCUUCCUGCGCCCGUUACUUUGUCACUUGGUGCUCGGCGCACUCGGGGAAGAUGGUACAGCUGGGGAGCAAACGGUCUCCGCCGCCGUGCAGGAGGAAUGCGACGGCGCAGAGACAGUCUUGGAGCUGCUGCAGAUGAGAGGAAGGGCACGGGACCUCGGCCGUGAGCAUGCUGAGGUGGGCGUGAACAGCUCGCUUCACGGUCUGGAAGACGCUGAAGGGCUGACGAAUGCAGCAACUUGCAAUUUCGUGUACUGUCCCCACCAUUCGCAUGACCGCCGUUGUGAACACUACCGCAAAUGUGUCCAGAGCCGUCGCCGGCGCCGCGGCCGCGAUGUCAUCUUCAGAAACAAGCACUACUGCAGCCUUUUCCACGGAUACCUUACCGACCCAAUCGUGAAGUUUAGUGGCUCGGAGGAGAUCCAAGACGGAUGGCACAGAGCUGACGAUUGGGAUUGGAUCUGGGACGCCGCCAAGAAGGGAGGAUGCAUGCUGGAUGGCCAAGGCCUCCAAGUUGGCUGUGCAUUGCUGUGCAACCCAAAGUGCAAGCGGGGACAGGACCAGUUCCACAUCCAUAACAAGCCCUUGAGCACCGAUGGCCGGAUGCUUCAAGGUUACCUUCGCGAGAACGUUUGCAGCGGAGAGGGCUGGCUGCAGAUACCCUCCUCUGCAAGCUACUGCCGGAGCCGAACCAAAACCUAUGCAAAAUUCUUCAGCAGCUUCCCUGCAGUGUUUAGCAGCGUGGAGGAUUCCGGUUAUUUCCGUGAGCGCGGCGGUAUUACUGUUUGGCCCGUUUCGCAGGAGUAUGGAUGCCACGAAAGUGGCUAUGUUCUGAUGCUUUCAAACUGCAACAUCGAAAAGGACAUCUUUCCAGAAAGCUUGAGGUAA